AUCCACUGUCAAAAUUAACCGUCAAACAACACACCCAAUAAAAAUAAUCCAAAAAACCGAGGAAGCAUUUACUAAAACAUGCGGCGUGUAGAAUGAAUCGUGACUUCGUGUACCACUACCCUCGCGAGGAGACUAGCUGGUCUCGGGUGGGGAGCACAUUGAACCGAUGGCUGUGGGGUGCCCUGUGCUGCGGGGUGCCCGGGAUCCCGUGCUACUUCUGCACGUGCUGUGACAAGGUGGACGAGAGCGCGGAGCGGGAGCGGCCGAGGGUCAAUCAAUCAACUGGCACGGCGGAGCGGCUGGCGCGGCCGCACCGCCCCAACGCACCCGGGGGCCGCAAGUCCACCCCCGAGAUGCUCAGCGCGGUUCGCUGCGCCCUAUCCCAGCUGCAGGGGGAGCCCGCGCCCCCGCCACCCCCCGCCGACCCCCAGACCGGGGACGGACACAAGCAGGAGCCAGGGUAGACCAGAGUUGGGGAAAUUUAUGCGUUUUGUUGUGCCGAUAUGAAAUCAUUGUACAGUUUUUUGUGUAAAG